AUGCUCGAGAAAGGCGCUGAUAUCACAGCCAAAGACAAAUACGACUGGACGCCGCAACAAUUCGCGGAAAUAAAUGACCACACGGAGGCCGCCGAGCAUGGUUCUAAGGCGCUCACGCGGUUUUUGCCCGAGAAGGGCAUCAAUAAAGAGGCCAAGUCCCAGGGUGGCAGAGCGCCACUGCAUUACGUUGCUGAGGGUGGAUAUGAAUUAGUCGCCCAGCUCCUCCUCAAAGUGGGCGCCGAUAAAGAGGCCAAAGAUUCAGAUAGCUGGACGCCACUGCAGUACGCCGCCGCGAAGGGCACAAGACAGUCGCGCGUCUUCUCAAAUAAACCAUCGAGAUUUUUCUAG